AUGGCAAUACAUUACAAAGAUUUAAGUAAUCCUAGGAAAAGAAAACAUGUCUUUGAAAAUAUUGCUAACGAUAUGAUAAGUGAAGGUUUUACUAUUAAUUCUAUAGCAGUACAGAAUAAGUGGAAGAGUCUCACAAGAAGUUAUUCAAAGUGCAAAGACACAAGAGUAAGAACAGGUCAAAGUCCAUCUAGGUUUCUAUUUUUUGAAGAUUUGGAUGAAAUUUUGGGCAAAAAGCCAACAAACGAAUGUACUCAUUCACUAAAUUCUACGUUUGACUAUCAAAAUAAACCAAGUACUAGCACUGCAGAUGAAACGUCCAGCACUGGAAAUGAAACGGACGUGCAAGAAACAGAUAUAGAGAGACCUCGGCAGCCACAAAAUGGAAAUUUGCAAAGGCCCAUUAAUAAAAGAAAGUAUUCUUCGCUGAAAAGUCAGUACAUUGAAAAGAAAUUAAAAGAAUAUUAUGAAAAAAAUCAGAGGCAUAAUGAAAGAUUAGCGAUUGAAGAGAGAAAGUUAGAAAUUGAAAAUCAAAAACUGGAGUUGUUGAGAGAAUAUCUGUCAAAAAAAUAG